AUGAGUAGCGACAACACAGAGAAGCAGACCUCAGCGUUGGAGGUCGAGGCGCAGCCCACCUCCAAGGGCGAACCUGUCUACGAUAGCGACGAGAAGGUCGACUACGACAGGACGGGCGCCAUCAAUGCAGAGAGGGUCGAAUUUGACAUGACUGUGCUCGAGGCCGUCAAGGCCUAUCCUGCAGCCAGCUGGUGGGCCUUCGUCAUGUCAUGCACCAUUAUCAUGGAGUCGUACUGUGUUUUCUUGAUGGGACAGUUCAUAGCCACACAAAAAUUCGCCGAUGACUUUGGUGUCUAUAGCGAAAGGGACCAAGCUUAUAUUAUAGAAGCUUCAUGGCAGUCAGCAUUCCAGUGUAGCGGACCGAUCGGUGCCUUCAUUGGCGUCUUUCUUGCAGGUCCCAUUACCAGUUGGAUUGGUUAUCGAUGGGCAACCAUUGGCGCUCUCAUGUUCUUGAAUGCAUUCAUCUUCAUCUUCUAUUUCGGGAACAGCAAUGGGAUGUUUUUCGCGUCCCAGAUCCUGGAAGGUAUCCCGUGGGGCAUUUUUAUCGCCAAUGCACCAGCCUACUGUUCUGAGAUUGUGCCAAUGAGAUUGAGAGCUCCAGCGACGCAAAUGUUGCAAAUGUUUUGGGCCAUUGGGUCGAUCAUUGUCGGCGGGAUCACUUAUCACUACCAAUCCAAGCAGGACUCCAGCGCGUACAGAAUGCCCAUUGCACUCCAGUGGAUGUUUCCUACUCCUCUCGCGAUCCUACUCUUUAUUGCGCCGGAAUCUCCAUGGUGGCUCGUCCGAAAGGGCCGUCUGGCCGAGGCAGAGAAGUCUGUUAGGCGCCUUGGACGGGCGAGUGCGAAUGAGAAUCCUGCUGACGCAGUCGCGAUGAUGCGUCGCACAAUCGAGCUAGAGAAAUCGGAGAAGAAGCCUAGUCUCAUUGAAUUAUGGAAAGGCACCGAUCGCUACCGCACAUUGAUUGUGUGCGGUGUGUACGCAUCUCAGAAUUUGACGGGCAAUCUGAUUGCUAACCAAGCAGUUUACUUUUUCAAACAGGCCGGUAUGGCGUCAAACACCGCAUUCGCACUCGGUCUCAUCACUUCUGCCCUCCAGUGGAUCAUGGUCAUGCUCUCUUGGAUCCUCACCACCUACCUCGGCCGACGCACCAUCUAUGUUUAUGGUCAAUUCAUCAACUGUGCAUUCUUGAUUGCGCUCGGUAUUGCGGCUUCAAUUGGCGAUCCUAAGACUACGGCGGCUAGCAAUGCGCAAGCAUCACUUGGCUUGAUCGUCUCCGUUCUGUUCUGCUUGGGUCCCGCCCCUGCUUCAUGGGUCAUCAUCGGCGAGACAUCUUCCGUUCGUCUCAGGCCAUUGACUACCGGUAUUGGACGAGGCGCCUAUUAUGUGGUCAAUAUUCCUUGCAUUUUCCUUUCCAGCUACAUGCUUAACACUGAUAAGUGGGACCUCGGCGGCAAGAGCGGCUACGUCUGGGCUGGUACCGCUUUCAUCUGCACCGCAAUGGCUUGGGUCUGGGUUCCAGAGAUGAAGGACAGGUCCUACCGUGAGAUUGACAUCUUGUUCAGGCGUCGUGUCCCGGCUCGCAAAUGGAAGCAGACGGUUGUCGAUAUCCGCGAUGAUGAGUAG